AUGCGUGGCGCCGCAGGCUGCCGGGUGGUGGCCACCGGUCAUGCACACAAGGAUGGUGUCGCAAGGGUCCUGGAGAACGCCUGCUGGGACAAUGAGGAGAUGCGCGCCAUCCUUGGCGACAGCAUCGGCAACCCGGAGCUCAUCACCGGCAACUUCUGGCAGCACCAAUUCAUUGCAUCAACCAAAGGAUACCGUGUGACACUGGAUCAUAUAUUUGGAGUCGAACCAACGAAGAUUACGAGCCCCUCAACAGAUUCCGAAAUUGCUCUAGCUCUUCGAGUUUUGGAAGGUUGUUGCCUUUUGUAUAGCAGAUGCACUGCUCUAGCCCACAAGUACAAGGCUGUGCAGGUACUGCUGAAUAUAUUAGCCAGCCGAGGUCCAACUGCGCAAGGGGUGUGCUUAGAUGCUCUCAUAUCGUUGAUGUUGGAUUCACCUUCGAAUCAGAUUGACUUUGAGGAAUACAGUGGACUUGAAAAGGUUGCUGAGCUUUUGAAGGAUGUUCAAGUUGAAGAACACAUAAGGUUGAAAUGCGGGGAAUUCCUACUGUUGCUCAUCGGCCAUGUUUAUGUGAAGGAAAACACUCCCAUAGUCCCAUACAUGAACAGAUGA